AUGGCGUCCAAGGAAGAUGUAAAAUUCCAAACUCUCGAUGGGUUCUUCCUUGGAGGACGUUUGUAUCCUGCUGCUCAAAGAGGCCCUGCAAUUAUUUUGACCCCGGGUUACAACACCAUCGUCGAGAACUUCCCGGCAGGACUAGAGCAAGAAUUUCAAAAAGCUAACAUUACGGCACUGUCUUAUGAUCCACGCAGUACGGGGGGCAGUGGGGGUCUUCCGCGCAACGACAUCGAUCCAUUCAAGCGGGUGGAAGACUAUUCGGACGCACUCACCUACCUUAGUACGCUGCCCAUAGUAGAUGCCAACGCAAUUGUCUUUUGGGGAGUGUCACUGUCAGCAGCAAUCGUCCUGGCUGCGGCGUCUGUUGAUCGGCGCGUCGCUGCCGUCAUCUCGGUUGCACCGGUCUUCGACUAUAAGCCCAUGCACGCGCUCAGCCCUAACCAGCUCAAGAUCAAGAUGAUGAAGGAUCGCAUGUCUCAAAUGCUGCAUGGCCAUCCACAGUACAUGCUGUCUAUUGCCGCGUCCCUCGCCCAGGUGCCAUUCAAAGCACAUUUCACCAGUAACCACACCCCCGACCGAGCAUGGAGCCAUAAUUCAUACGAAACAACCAUGCAAUCAUACUAUCGUAUGUUCCUCUUCGAACCGGUGCCUGAGGGUGUUGUCCACUCCAUUUCCCCGAUACCUUUGAUGUUUGUGACCCCCGAGCUGGAUCAGAUUUCACCCCCAGAGCGACAGAGCGCCGUCUUCAAGGCUCUUCCUGGCCCAAAGCGACAAAUCUUUGCCCCUGGGAAAGAACAUCUGUUUGUCAUGCACGGUCCCGAGAUGCCCUCGCUAGUCCGCAGUCAGAUCGAGUUCAUCUGGCAGGCUGUGCGAGGCCAUCUGAAACCGACUCCACGAGGGCCGGAUCCGACCUGGUGUUAG